CCCGUAGCGAGUGCGGAAGGAGGGGAGCGGCGCGCGGCGUUGCUAAGCGACAGCCCGGCACUUCCGGCGGGCGCCAUUUUGUAUCCGGGGCGGCGGCGCCAUGGAGGCCGCGGCGGGCAGGAAGCGGCAGCGGGAGGAGGCGGCCGAGUCGUCCGAGCUGUCCGGGGAGGAGGACGAUGCUGACUACGUGCCCUACGUGCCGGUGAAGCAGCGCAAGCAGCAGAUGCUGCAGAAGCUGCUGCAGAUGCGGCGGAAGGUGGUGUCGGAGGAAGAGCAGCGGGACAGCGGCGGCGAGCAGCGCGGCGACGAGGAUGACAUCCCCCUGGGGCCGCAGUCUAACAUCAGCCUGCUGGACCAGCACCAGCACCUCAAGGAGAAGGCGGAAGCUCGGAAGGAGUCAGCUAAGGAGAAGCAGCUGAAGGAGGAGGAGAAGAUCCUGGAGAGCGUGGCGGAGGGCAGAGCCCUGAUGUCGGUGAAGGAGAUGGCAAAGGGCAUCACCUAUGACGACCCCAUUAAAACCAGCUGGAGAGCUCCUCGCUACAUCCUGGGCAUGUCCGAGGCCCGGCACGAUCGCGUCCGCAAGAAGUACCACAUCCUGGUGGAGGGGGAGGGCAUCCCGCCUCCCAUCAAGAGCUUCAAGGAGAUGAAGUUUCCAGCAGCUAUCCUGAGGGGCCUGAAGAAAAAGGGAAUCCAGCAGCCAACGCCCAUACAGAUCCAGGGCAUCCCAACGAUCCUCUCGGGAAGGGAUAUGAUCGGCAUUGCCUUCACUGGCUCCGGGAAGACCUUGGUGUUCACCCUCCCCGUUAUCAUGUUCUGCCUGGAGCAGGAGAAGAGGCUGCCCUUCUCCAAGCGGGAGGGACCCUACGGGCUCAUCAUCUGUCCCUCCCGGGAGCUGGCCCGGCAGACGCACGGCAUCAUCGAGUAUUACUGCCGCCUGCUGCAGGAGGACGGCCUGCCCCCGCUGCGCUGCGCCCUCUGCAUCGGGGGCAUGUCCGUCAAGGAGCAGAUGGAGACCAUCAAGCAUGGCGUACACAUGAUGGUGGCGACCCCGGGCCGCCUCAUGGACCUGCUGCAGAAGAAGAUGGUGAGCUUGGACAUCUGCCGCUACCUGGCCUUGGACGAGGCUGACAGGAUGAUCGACAUGGGCUUUGAGGGGGACAUCCGCACCAUCUUCUCCUACUUCAAGGGCCAGCGGCAGACGCUCCUCUUCAGUGCCACAAUGCCCAAGAAGAUCCAGAACUUUGCCAAGAGUGCCCUGGUGAAGCCCAUCACCAUCAACGUAGGGCGAGCAGGUGCUGCCAGCCUGGACGUUGUGCAGGAAGUGGAGUACGUGAAAGAGGAGGCCAAGAUGGUGUACCUCCUCGAGUGCCUGCAGAAGACUCCGCCACCCGUGCUGAUCUUUGCGGAGAAGAAGGCAGACGUCGAUGCGAUCCACGAGUACCUGCUGCUCAAGGGGGUGGAGGCUGUGGCCAUCCACGGGGGCAAAGAUCAGGAGGAACGGACAAAAGCCAUCGAGGCCUUCCGGGACGGGAAGAAGGACGUUCUGGUUGCCACCGAUGUCGCUUCCAAGGGCCUGGACUUCCCGGCCAUCCAGCACGUCAUCAACUACGACAUGCCGGAGGAGAUCGAGAACUACGUUCACCGCAUCGGGCGCACGGGUCGCUCAGGAAACACCGGCAUCGCCACCACCUUCAUCAACAAAGCCUGCGAUGAGUCGGUGCUCAUGGACCUGAAGGCUCUGCUCCUGGAGGCAAAGCAGAAGGUGCCACCCGUGCUCCAGGUGCUGCACUGCGGGGACGAGACCAUGCUGGAGAUCGGAGGGGAACGCGGCUGCGCCUUCUGCGGCGGCCUGGGCCAUCGCAUCACGGACUGCCCCAAGCUGGAGGCGAUGCAGACCAAGCAAGUCAGCAACAUCGGCCGCAAGGACUACCUGGCCCACAGCUCCAUGGACUUCUAGCCCGGCUGGCUUUUGGUGCCCUUUCAGCCGGGGCUCACGUUCCAAAACCCAGAGCAGCCCUGGACCAGAGGCCUCUCCUGCACUGCUGUGGCCUGGUUUUGGGGCUGUUGCUAGCCCGGUCUCCUGCCCUAGGAGGUGUGUGGAGCACUGCUGCAGCAGCCCACUACAGCAGCACGCUGCCGUGAGGUGCUGGGCAAGCAGGUAGCGGUGCCCAGCGGGACGAGGAAGCUCCAGGGGCUGCUGCCCCUGCCCAGUGAUGUGUCCAGGGUCUUACACGCUGCCCCCCAGAGCCCCUCAGCUUUGUCCCCCGUAGCUCGUUCUGUGCAUCCUCAGCUCGUGGCUGUUCCUGUUGCCACCAAAAGAGCCCUGGCGCAGCCGGGCCGCGCGUACCACACGCGCGUCGGGCGAUCCCCUGAGAGCUUCCCUCGCUCUCGCGGCAUGCGUUCUGCCCCGCUGCCCCGCUGCGAGAGGAAGGGCGGACGGACACCUCCUGUGGCCCAGCCUCUGCCUCUCAUCCCACACACCAAAAAGGGGAAGUCUCUGCGAGAAGGAAGUCUGCCCCAUGCACUUGCUUUGGCUGCAGUCGCAUUUCUGUGCCGCUGCCUGCCCGAGUCCCAGAGCCUCGCGCUGACCACCGGGGCUGUGCGGGGCCCAUGGAGAGCCCGGUGAAGGACGGCAUCCUCUAUGUGCAGCACUGCAAAUUUGGGAAGGUAAAGGGGGGGGGUGAGAUUUGAGGCUGGAUUCAGGGUUUGCCCUCAUCUAUUUUCACGCUCGGGCUGUGCCCCCACUGUUGGGGAAGGGGGGGAACGGAGCCAGCCCCCUUUGGGUCCCCCCAGGGAGGGCCCUGCGCUCUGUAGCCCCCCCCCAGGGGGCUCCCCCACGGCCAAGGGCACCCAUCCGUGCAGGCACCCUCUGGUGCUCAGCCCCGCGUGCAGUGUCCCUCUCCUCGUUUGGUCACUGUGGGACUCAUGACGAAUAAAGGCGUGGUAACGAG